UUCACUUUCACUUACGAGAUUCGUCUUUAUUAUUUGAAAACCGUACAAAACUAUGAUCUAGAUGUAGAUUCUAGAUCAGAUCUCUCAGUGUCUAGAAACUAGAUUAGAAUGUAUAUUGAAUUGUAACUGGGAGUAGGCCAAACUGCCUGGGAGCAUUCUUUUAACUAACAAAAGCAAAGACGUAGAUCUAUUUUUAAAUUUUAUGCUGUUGGUGUGUAAUUUUCCAUUAGGUAAUGCUUUGCCAAAUGGGGGAUGAGCUGUUGCAGAUUCCACAAAAGAAAAGAAAAAUGUAUGAAACAACUGUAUACACAGAGAGCUGGCAGAAUGCAUAUGAUACAGACAUGGACAGCGGGAAAAUUUCUGGUAAACAUUUUAUUCACUUCCCUCAUUUGGACAGUGAUUCAAUCUUCCACACAGAAGACUGGCAGCCAUCUGGCUCCAGUUUGUUUACUCCCUUGACUGAAGAUUUAAUGGUCAACACAAGAAACAUAGAGCAGUUCAGUUACAUGAGAGGUCAAUUCUUUGUCUCUGGUGUGGAUGGAACUUACUCCAAAACUAUCAAUGGUGAGGUCCUCCAUCUCUGGCGAUAUUGUUCUCAAAGAAAAAAGCUUUUUAUCUCAAGGUCUUUUCUGUUUAAAAACACCCAGGAUUUCAGGCACAUUCAAGAAAUUCUGAAAAGACUGUGAAGUAUCACCUUGUUCUGGUUGAGCAGAAAGUUUUGAAAAUGAAUCUCACACUCAUGCUUUUGUGGAAACAGUUUUCUAUUAGCCGUAUUAUCCCAAUAUAAUACAUUUUGCUGACUUUC